CGCACGCUGGCGGACAUCAUCAUGGAGAAGAUCACGGAGAAGCAGACGGAGGUGGAGACGGCACUGUCGGAGAUAUCGGGCUGCCCCAUGCCCCAGCUCGAUCCCCGUGUCCUAGAGGUCUACAGGGGUGUCAGAGAGGUGCUGUCCAAAUACAGGAGUGGGAAACUUCCCAAGGCAUUUAAAAUCAUUCCUGCCUUGUCCAACUGGGAGCAGAUCCUCUACAUUACAGAGCCAGAGACGUGGACAGCAGCUGCCAUGUACCAAGCCACCAGGAUAUUUUCAUCCAACCUGAAAGAGAGGAUGGCCCAGCGGUUCUACAACCUGGUGCUGCUGCCGCGUGUCAGGGAUGACAUCGCCGAGUACAAGCGCCUCAACUUUCACCUCUACAUGGCUUUGAAGAAGGCUCUGUUCAAGCCGGCAGCCUGGUUCAAAGGGAUCCUCAUACCCCUGUGCGAGUCAGGGACCUGCACACUGCGGGAGGCCAUCAUUAUCGGCAGCAUCCUCACCAAGUGCUCCAUCCCCGUCCUCCACUCCAGCGCAGCCAUGCUGAAGAUCGCCGAGAUGCAGUACAGCGGCGCCAACAGCAUCUUCCUCCGGCUGCUCAUUGACAAGAAGUAUGCCCUGCCCUUCCGUGUCGUGGAUGCCCUCGUCUUCCACUUCCUGGCCUUCCGCACGGACCAGCGGGCCUGCCAGUUGCCAGUGCUGUGGCACCAGAGCCUCCUGGCCUUGGCCCAGCGCUACAAGGAAGACCUCUCCUCGGAGCAGAAGGAGGCUUUGCUCGAGCUGCUCAAAUUCCACAGUCAUCCGCAGAUCUCGCCAGAGAUCCGGAGGGAGCUGGUGAACUCCAAGACGCGGGAUGUGGAGGGGCAGCAGGCCCCGGCCCUGGGGGGCAGCAGCCCCUGGCCAUGGACAACUCUUGUGCCCUGCCACCAUGAAAACAGUCGCUUCACCCCGGCCGCCUGCGGAGCGCCGAGCCCUGACAGACGAGCGCGGAUCCUGCUCCAUGCUCCCAGCCGGUGGAAUGAAUCCUCAGCAGGCGUGAGAUGGAGAGGGCUGACGGAUGGGUAG